AUGAGCGCGGGAGACAUGCUGCGCCUGCUGAGCCCCACCGUCGCCACCGCCGCGAAUCUCGGGUCCUGUACAGUAGGCGGGCCGUACGCUUGCCCGACGUGCUUCCUCAAGUUCCCCUCGCUGCACGCGCUCGGGUACCAUGAGAACGCGCGCCACGGGCGCGGGGGAGGGGUAUACAGCGGCGGAGUGGGGAGUGAGGAAACCGCAGGGGCAGGUGCAGGCGGGAGCGCGGGCGUGGGCGCGGGCGCGGGGGCAAUGGGGAUACUUCCAGCCCGAGGGGGGACCCUGAGGCGAUCCAGUAGGUAUUUCCAGCAGCCUCUCGCGUCUACUUAUAGUGAGGUUUUUGAGGAGGCGGUGAGCAGAGAGCGGAUUGCGGAGGGGUGUGUUGGCGGCGCUGGUGCAGGGUACAGUGACAGGAACGUGCGUGCUCGUGCUAGUGGUGAAGGUGCUGCUAACGAGGUGCUAGGUGCUGGGCUGGCAGCUUUACAGGUGCACGAGAGAAAGGCAGGAGGGAAGGAGAAGAGGGUGGGAGAGGGGGUUGGCGCUGCGAUCAAGAGAAGCAGUUUCGUGGAGGGUGGCUCUGGGAAGCAACAGGGGUUGCGCGGUGGUGUAACAUUUGAUCUAAAUGAUGCUGCUCCUGCUGCUCCUCCUGCUGCUGUUUCUCCUGCUGCUGCUGCUGCUGCUGAAGCAGGGGAACCGAGCGCCGCUAGUGCUACCUCUAGUUCUAAAACCGCUACUACCUGCGAGGCGCCUCGUAGCCAAUUCCGCAACCUGCGCCGGCGCGCAAUGCGGUAUGGCGUCGUCGCACACGAUUUCAACCUCAGUAUCCCGCGCGCGCUCGAUUUUCAUGCCCGCGCUCUUCCGCCCCAUCCCCCGUCCGCUUACGCCAUUUUCCCUCCCCCCGCCGGUCCCUUCCCGCACUGCCCGCACCGUUCGUGCGACGCGGGGGGGAGGCGGCUGACGGGGCCGGCUGGCGCGGCCGUGGAUGCUAUCCACUGCCGCUUGCUUCCACAAGGCGGGUCCGCAGCAGCACGCGGUCCGCACGUCCGCCGGCUGCGCGCGGCUCGCCUUGCGGAGGAGGCCCACUCGCGCGCCGAUGCGCCGCAGCCGCGGAAGGGCGCGCGACCGUCCGCUGGAUCCUCCGCUACUGGUGUGAAUGACGCGGGGCAUUCCGCCACCCCUUCCACCACCCCUUCCGCCACCCCUUCCGCAACCCCUUCCGCGACACCUUCAGCUACAUCUUCCGCCACCCCUCCCGCCAGCCCAUCCGCCGCUGCCGCGACUGCCGCGGAGGCGGUGGUGGGAGGGGUCAUGGCGGGGGGGCGACUGGCGCGGGAGGCGGGGCGGGAGGAGGAGAUGCGGAGGCGCAGGCGGAGGCAGAGGCGGAGAGACCUGGUGGUUGAGGUGGAGGCGGAGGGGGUGGCGGAAGCAGUGGUGGGCGCAGUCACAAUGCGCGCAGGCGCGGAGGCUGCUCUUGAGGCGUCCCAGAGGCGGCGCAGGGGGAGGCGGAGGCGGGGAGACGUGGUGGGGGGGGCGGAGGGGGCGGGGAAGGGGGAGGGGGAGAGGGAGGGGGACGGCGAAGGGGAGAGAGACCGGGACGGGGAGGGGAAGGAGGUAAAAGAAGCUAUGGCGGGGGUUGUUGCCAGGCAUGGUGGGGAGAAGGGGGGAACGGCGGGAGAACGGGGGAAGAAUAGGGGAAGUAGGACGGAGGGAGUUGGAGCGAGAAUGGGGAAGGGGAGUUUGCGAGGGGAGGCAAGGGAGGAUGUGGGAGAAGGAGGCCGGGUUAUGGACUCGGGGAAUGUAGAGGAGGAGAGGGAGUGGGAAGAGAGGGAGGAGAGGGAGGAGAGGGAGGAGGAUAGAGAGGAGAGGGAGGAUAGCAGCUGGACAGACCAUGCAAGGGGCGUUGGAAUAAAGGGAACAAGAAAAGAGGAGGAGAGUUGGGAGGAGAUGGAGAUUUGGGAGGAGGAGGAUGAGGAGGAGAAGGAGGGAGAGAUUUGGGAAGAAGAGGAGAAACAGGACGACCUAGAAGGGGAGGGGGAGCAAAGUCCAGACGAGUGCGAGAAAGAGGUGAGUGAGGUGGGCCCAGUGGCACCGCCCCCCACCAGUCCCACCACCACCUGCACCGCCACUCUGGUUCGGGACCUCUUCUCCUUGCACCUGACCUCUGAGGGCCUCCCACCCUCCAUUGCUGCACAGGUGGCGGGCAGCAUGCCGCGCACCAUCCACUCGCUCCUCGCAGAGGCGCGGCGCUGCGACUGGGUGUCGUACCGCCUCAACCUGCCAAUGGCUGCGUCCCUGUCCUCGUUAGUGGCAGACUCGCUGCAGGUGCAGGGGCUUCCUCGGAUCGUGGUCAUGCUUGUUAACAUGGGCUUGCAGCCAGCAGCAGUGGCGUCCCUACUGGAGCGACGGCAGGUAUCUCUCUCAGAGCUGGUGGCGAAGCUGCAGUUCCUGCAGAGCAUUGGAGUGCGCCCGCGCUUCUUGGGAGCCGUCCUCGUGGGCUGCCCCCGCUUCCUCGACAUGCCGCUCGCGCUGCUGCACACCCAUGCCACGCAUCUCAUGGCGCACUGCUGCACCGGCGUGGACAUUGGCAAGGUGGUGGAGGUAUAUCCUCCAGUCCUCGGCAAGGCAGUGCAUGCAAGCGUCAUCCCACUCACAUCUUUCCUCCGCCACCACCUCAACAUCCCCUCCACCGUCAUCCCUCGCAUCGUGCGCGGGUACCCGAAGCUGCUCGGCUGCUCCCUGCAAGCCAACCUGCGGCCCAAGGUGCUUGCGCUCUGCGCUGCCCUCCCCGGCCUCACACCGCCCCUGCUCGGCACCAUGCUGCGCCGAUGCCCCUCGCUGCUCGCCUGCAGCAUGGCAGGGAAGCUGCUGCCUGCCAUUGAAUUCCUCUCCACACAUCUGCUUCUCUCACCACCACAGCUGCUCAAACUGGUCUCCUCAGCACCACAGGUUCUAACCCAGUCAGUACCGCACACGCUGCGUCCAAAACUCCUCUUCCUCUCGCAAACCGUGGGUCUCACCGCACAGCAGCAGGCAGCCAUGCUGCCUCGGCAGCCCAACGUGCUGUGCCUGUCGCUGCCCCUGCUGCACCGCAACCACUCCUCCCUGCGUGCGCUGGGCUUCUCACUCGAAGAUAUUCGCCGCAUGCUCGUGCCCUUCCCCACGCUGCUGCUGCUCAGUCCCGACAACAUCCAAGCCAAGUGCGCCUUCCUCACAGGCCCCAUGGGUCGUCCCCUAGCACACGCUGCCGCCUUCCCCCACUUCUUCGGCUACAGCCUGCACUGUCGCAUCCAGCCCCGCUACAGCCGCCUACAGGCUCUAGGCGUCUCCCCGCCUCCUUCCCUCGCUUCCAUGCUCUGCUGUACCGACCAGGCCCAGCGCAAACUUCAAGUUGUCCCCGCUGAUAAUGUCCCCGCUGAUAAUGUCCCCGCUGGUAAUGUCCCCGCUGGUAAUGUCCCCGCUGAUAAUGUCCCCGCUGAUAAUGUCCCCGCUGAUAAUGUCCCCGCUGAUAAUGUCCCCGCUGAUAAUGUCCCCGCUGGUGACCCAGCUGAUGACACCACGGAUGAUACCACUGAUGACACGACUGAUGACACCACUGAUGACACUUACGAUUAUGAUUCUGAUUACGAUUAUACUUAUCCUAAGGUGACCACGAUGGUGACCGUCGGCGGCUCGUCCUACAAGUUCGAUUCGCCUUAUUAUUGCUUUAACCUCAAGGCCAAGAACGGGCGCGGCGCAAGAGCGAAGCAGAGCGCGACGGUGUGGUGGAACGGAAAGGCGACUCCCCUUGGCAACGUGAUGAAGGCCUUCCACGGUGGCAAGGGCGGCAAGCAGAGGAAAGGCGCGAGUUCCGCGCCGACCGCCGCAUGCAAGGAGGUGCUGUUCUUCCCAGAGACCGACUGCGAGAGCAACGUCGUUGAGAGAAUGACCAAGCCCAAGGCCAUCCCUAUCCGCAAAUUCUUCCGCCUCCCCAAAUCAACGUAA